AUGAUUGCCAUCCAUCUGCCGUCACCUGUUGUCGCGCAGAAAUACCGUAUGGAGAUGCUGUACGAAGGUCCCCAUGAUGACGAAGCCGCUAUUGGUAUCAAGAGCUGUGACCCCGAAGCUCCGCUGAUGAUGUACGUGAGCAAGAUGGUACCGACAUCGGACAAGGGCCGUUUCUAUGCGUUUGGCCGCGUCUUCUCUGGCAAGGUCGUCACCGGACAGAAGGCUCGCAUCAUGGGCCCCAACUUCCAGCCCGGCAAGAAAGAAGAUUUGUACGAGAAGACCAUCCAGCGUACGAUCCUCAUGAUGGGCCGUUACGUGGAGGCCAUCGAGGACGUGCCCUGUGGCAACAUCUGCGGUCUGGUCGGCGUUGACCAGUUCCUUGUCAAGACCGGCACCAUCACCACCUUCAAGAAUGCACACAACAUGAAGGUUAUGAAGUUCAGCGUGUCGCCUGUCGUGCGUGUAGCUGUGGAGCCUAAGAACCCUGCGGAUCUGCCCAAGCUGGUGGAGGGAUUGAAGCGUCUCGCCAAGUCCGACCCUAUGGUGCAGUGUAUCAACGAGGAGUCCGGCGAGCAUAUCGUUGCUGGUGCCGGAGAACUGCAUCUUGAGAUCUGUCUCAAGGAUUUGGAGGAGGACCACGCGUGCAUUCCAAUUAAGAAAUCCGACCCGGUGGUGUCGUACCGCGAGACUGUCGCCGAAGAGUCCGACCAGAUGUGCCUAUCCAAGUCGCCCAACAAACAUAACCGUCUCUUCAUGAAGGCCCAGCCGAUGCCCGACGGUCUGCCCGAGGACAUUGACGAGGGCCGUGUCAAUCCCCGUGACGACUUCAAGACCCGUGCCCGUUACCUGACCGAGAAGUAUGAGUACGACGUAACGGAGGCACGUAAGAUCUGGUGCUUCGGACCUGAGGGCACCGGGCCCAACAUUCUGGUGGACUGCACUAAGGGAGUGCAGUACCUUAACGAGAUCAAGGACUCCGUCGUGGCUGGCUUCCAGUGGGCCGCCAAGGAGGGAGUCAUGGCUGAAGAGAAUCUUAGAGGCGUGCGCUUCAACAUCUACGACGUUACGCUACAUACUGACGCUAUCCACAGAGGUGGCGGACAAAUCAUUCCAACGACGAGAAGAUGCCUGUACGCGUGUCUCCUCACUGCACAGCCUAGAAUUAUGGAGCCGGUGUAUCUGUGCGAGAUUCAGUGCCCUGAAGUAGCCGUGGGAGGCAUCUACGGUGUGCUGAACAGACGGCGUGGUCACGUGUUCGAGGAGUCGCAGGUGGCCGGCACGCCCAUGUUCGUGGUGAAGGCGUAUCUGCCCGUCAACGAGUCCUUCGGAUUCACCGCCGAUCUUCGCUCCAACACCGGCGGACAGGCCUUCCCGCAGUGCGUGUUCGAUCACUGGCAAAUUCUGCCUGGAGACCCGUGCGAGCCUGGCACCAAGCCCUCCAUCGUCGUACAGGAAACGAGAAAGAGGAAAGGGCUGAAAGAAGGUCUCCCGGAUCUAUCUCAAUAUUUGGACAAGUUGUAAACGCCGUAGCUAAUGCAAUCCAUUCUGUAAUAUAUGUAACAUUACGCGCGCCUCACGCACUAUACUAUAUUGUUUUUUUAUUACAUAUAAUUAUUUUUAAUUCACCGUGGAGCAUUUUGUUUCGCCUGAGUUUGUACGUUGCCCCAAGAUAUCGACCCUACAGGAAUAAAUAUUGCUGGACGAUAUUUCGCA